AUGACAGAGAGGCACAUAGCCGACAGCAGCAGCCGCCGCCUGUACUCGAAGCCGGGUCUGCGCAUAACCGCACAGCCGUUCGCCUUCUGUCCAUUCGUCGUCGAGAACAGUCUAAUUGAGGAGAGCAGUCUCGAUCGCCACUUGCUGACCACGUGCGUAAAGGUCGAUGGCUCGAACGGUGAACGCGGUCAUGUACGAUGUGUCCUUUACACGAACGAGCACAUUCCCAGACGUCACGUGAACAAAAUUUUUUUUCAAAGCGAAGUGUGCGACGAAAUCGAGGUGGCGCUGGAUGAGAAUUUAGAAGCGAGGAUCGUCAUAGCGAUUGUCAUUACAAGAAGCCUCCAGGAAAUUACAUUCAAAUCUGAUGCAACAAGCAGAGCGCAGUCGCAUAUUCCAUCGGAUGUCCUCAUGUCAGAUGGUAGUGGUGGAUCUGUGCCGAAACAACCACCAUCUGUUGAUUCCCAGCAUAAUCAGAUUGAAAAUUGCCUCCAUUCGGUCCGGCUUGGAAUGCAGGCAUUUUUCAGUGGAAACGAUGUCGUUAGCACCCCGAUCAUGUUGAGUCAGCCGGUGUGCGAUACUGAUCAGGUCGAGUUAGUGUUUUUCGAACCACUGACUGGUUGGCAGUCCAUUGUGGAAAUCGCUGAAAAAAAUAUACUUAGCAAGCGUUUCAGCGGAGCGGUCAGCUGGCAGCGAAAGCUGAACUGUAAAGCGAAGCGUCUGAACGUUAUGACAGUUUUACACAUCGCUGUUCGAAAUAAGCAGUCUUUCGCUUUGAUGACGCUUUUGAAAGCGCUGGAAAAGCAUCCGGACCAGAGGGCCAUUAUCAACCAUGAAAAUUUCAGAAAGCAGACCGCCCUUCACUUGGCAGUCAGAUUCGAUGACCCGGAUAGCGUGCAUUACCUGUUAACGGCUGGUGCUGAUCGCAGCGUGCAGGACAUCAACGGGUGUAACGUCGCUCAUCACCUCUGCGAUUCAUUCAACGAAGACAUCUACAGGGACAUCUUGUUUCCUCCAGAAGGAAGUCCUGCUUCAGCGACUUCGCUUGAUCUGUCGACAAAAAAUAUCUUGGGAUAUCAUCCUCUUGCGUUAGCAGUCAAACGGAAGAAGUUGGCGUUAGUCGAAAACUUCAUCGAGGCGAAGGCGGAUAUUAACCAACUAGUAGAAGUGAAUGGAAUGCACGCUCUCCAUCUUGUAGUCGAAGCAGGUGAUAUGGACAUUUUGGACUUGCUGUUGAAGGUAGGUCGUAAUUACGUCAUUUAUUCAUUCUUUAAUACGAACUUCCAGUUGGUUUAUUUUAUAUUGAAAAGCAGGAUUCUUGUGACUUUAAUGAGGAAUCAUCUCUCAUCUUGAAA